AUGAAGACGUUCAGCUUUUCUACUGCCGCUGGCUCCCUGGCAGCCACGCUCCUCCUCGUCGGUUCCUCGGUAGCACCGGUUGCUGCCCAGGCUGCUGCCAACGUCUCUUCCGCAAUCCCUUCGAACGUCUCGGCCACCUGCCAGACCUUCCUCUCCACGCUCAACUCGGACACACAGCUCGACGCUUGCACAAAACCUUUGCUCGCCGCUACAAAGUACUACUCUUCCAACUCCACUGACUCGGCCGCUCAGCUCGACUCGACGCUCGCCGAUCUCUGCUCCACCAACACCGGUUGCGAUGCCGACAUCAUCCGUCAGCGACUCGACCAGUUCUGGCAAAAUUGCCACACUGAUCUGCAGAGCAACAACGCCGUUGUCCAAGCCAUGUACGACAACCUGUACAUGAUCACCCCGCUUGUCAACUCGAUCUGCAGCAAGGACACCAACAACGACUACUGCCUCAAGACGAUCGCCAAGGCCGCUGCCAACUCGUCGCGCGUGCCGUCCUCCAACAAGUCGCGUAGGGACGUUGCUGAGGAUGAUGACGAUGAGGAGGAGGAGGAGGAGGAGGAGGAUGAGCCGUCCGAGACGGUCGCAGAGCUCGCAAGGAGGCAGUCGACCACCACGGCAGACCUCAACGGCCUGUACAACGAGACCGCGACCACUGGCACUGCCAACACCAACGCCGCCUUCUUGUUCAUCUCGUCCUCCAGCCCCAAGUCUAUCCUCUGCUCGCGUUGCACACAGCUCAUCCUCGCGUCGUACAUCAAGUUCGAGACCUCGAUCCCGUACGCUAUUGGACUGAGGACUUCGGCGAUCCUGUCUCCCCAGAGCGACAUCUACAAGGCGGCCAAGACUGACUGUGGACACGAUUUCGUCGGCGAGGUCAACAAGAUUGCCAACACGACGCAGUUUGCUGCUGUCGUCAACGGCGCGAGCUUUGGUGGCGCUAGGUCCGGUGUGGCUACGCUCGCGACGCUUGCUGCGGCUGCUGUGGUGGCCUUUGUCGUUGUUUGA